AUGGCCCAUCAGCAUCCGCACGAGCAGUGGGGAGACACGAGGUUGACAAAGGUAUUCGUGGGCGGCCUCGCCUGGGAAACUCCAACCCACCUCAUGCGCUCCUAUUUCGACCAGUUUGGAGACAUUCUCGAGGCCGUCAUCAUCAACGACAAGCACACCGGAAAAUCCAAGGGCUAUGGAUUUGUGACAUAUAGAGAUCCAGAAUCUGCUAUAAGAGCCUGCGCUGAUCCCAACCCUGUCAUUGCUGGCAGACGAGCCAAUUGUAACAUUGCCUCUUUUGGACGACCCAGACCCAGACCUUCUCUCCCAAUAGGUCCAAGUCAAGUGGAGAACUUGUACCAAGGUAGUGGAUCGCCGGCACAGGCUGCGCCUGCAGCGCCACCGUUGUACCGCCCGCCGCCACCGCCUCUUGCGCCCGUGAUAUAUCCACCAUAUGGGUAUACUGCUCUCCCACCGGGUUAUUAUGGUUACCAACAGACAAUAUACAGCCCUCAGCAGACACAAUAUUACAACCAGCAGGUUUACGGGGCUCCGACUUCACCAAAUGUGGGUGCUCCAUAUUAUUACGGGUACUCCAUUCACGGGCCCAACAAUAGAGGUACAUUUCCCAUUAUACCCCCGGCGCAACGUGGACCAUCUUAUCUUUAUUAUCCUGAGCCCGCCACGUCAUCCUAUGCUCCGCGACCCCACCUUCUGCCGGGCCCACCUCCGAUGCAGCCUUUUCCACGUCCUCGUCCUUUGGUGCUGUCACAUGACUCAUCCGAUCGGGACCCGGAUUCUCAUUCGUAG